UUCAGUUUGGCUGUGCCUGGACACACGUGGUUGCUAUGAUGAUGUUUAACCCCUUUGGAACAAAUAUACGUUCAUCUUUGAAAUAUAAUCGUAGUUUUAAUUUUACUCCCACAUUUGAUACAUAUAUAUUUCUACAAAGAUGAUACCGAGGAAAGCUUAUUCAGAAACUACACAAUUAGAAGAUGAAGAACCAUCUAUUUUAUCUUCUGAUCCAAAUGAGCGGAAAUUGGCUCGUAGACUUCGAAUUAAUCGACGUCGAGAAGCGCAAAUUAGAAAAACUAAGGCUCUUGAUGAAGAAAUUAUAGAAGAAACCCCUAUUGAAAAGCAAAUCCUUGAUGGCAUAGAAGCUUUAGAACAAUUGGCUUCAGAAGGAGAUGAAGUUGUUUGUGGUGUAAGGGUAGCAUGUGAUGCAAAAGAGUUGCAAAGAAGAAAGGAAAUGAAAGAAACAAGAGAAAGAUUGUUAAAAAUGCUCGAAGAGGAGGACAAAAAUUGCAUGCAGAAAUAUCGUGAGAUUACUGAAAAGUGGCCUAGUAUUGUUGCAUCCAAGGACCCAUUAGACAUUCAUAAUGAAUUGGAGGCUCAAAACGUAAAGUGCAAUGAAAUCCUUGAGAAAAAAGAUGCCUUAAUCGCGCAACUGAAGCAAGAAUUGGAGAAUGCAGAUAUAAAAUAUGAAGAGGACGUGAAGAAUCAGAACGCGGAUAUUGAUUUGCUUAUAGAAAGAAUGGAGAACCAAGCGCGUACAAUGGCUAAAGCAUAUCGUUACGAAUUAAAUUUGAUCGAAAAUGUAAUCGAUUCGGAGCGGAAGAUAGCUAUAAAAGCCUCCACUGAAAAAUGGGAAACUUUGUACAAAAAGCUUCAAGACGACACGGUUGAAGCGAGGGAACAGAAAAAGUUGAUAACGCGCGAGUACGAAGAAGCUAUGAAGAAAGCGAUCAUAGAACACCAAGAGGAAUACAGGAAACAAAAGAUUUCGUUCGAAAUGGAAAUACAAAAUCUUCAGCAACAGAUUCAAACUAUGAAGACUGCGUGUUUAAUGAACGUUGAGAAGUUGGAUUAUAAUUACACCGUGUUGAAGCAUCGAGAAGAAGAGAAUCUAAUUGUGAAGAAUCAGCAGAAACGAAGAAUUAAUAAACUUCAGGAUGUAUUAAAUGAUUUAAAGAAAACAUACGCGGGCUUGGAAGAAUCGACAAGGUUGGAGAUCCAGAAGCUCACUAAUCAGAUAUUGAAAGUACACAAAGCUAUACAGGAGUUAGAAGAGAAGUCUGAUCAGCUUGCAAUCAUAAACGAUACAAAGUAUAUGCAAAUCUGGGAUCUAAAUAUCGAAACCGCGAAUCAAUUAGUCGACAAGAUUUUAUCAGCAGAUAGAAUCAUACACGAACAGUUACUGGGAGUGGAAUGGCAACCACCGGAAGAACAAUUAUUAAAGAAAGAAGAUUUGGUAUCGUACUGUGGAGCGAUGUGCGCCAUAAAACAGAAGAAAGAAGAAGCCAAGAAUAGGAAAAUGAUUUCUAAGUCGUACAAGCCACCAAUCACUCUGGAAGAAAUCAAUUUAGAGCGAAGUCUACUGAAUCAUAUUGCUAAAUUAAUUUCCAAUCAUUGUGACUAUAUGAUUGAGUAUACUUUGAAAGAUCUACUUUCUGAUUACACAGAAGACGAUAAGUUACUAAUUCGAUUGGACAAAAUAUUUGAUGCAUUGAAAAUUACAUCUGAGCAACAACUUCAAUUUUUGUUGAAUUUCUUUUUACCAUAUGCACACUGUCCUAUUUGCAAAGCCAAAAAUAUACCAAGGGUUUGUGGAGUAUCCAGUGAAACCACAGAAAGUUCAUCGUCCACGAGUACGUUACCUGAUGUUUGCGGCAGCACCGAACUUAACGAGGAAGAAGGUAAACUGGUGGCUGCAAUGGAAGGCGCAUUUUGUUGUGAUAAAUCACAGAAUGAUGAUAACACAAUUGUUACAAGUAGUUGUACUCCAGAGUCUUCGUCGUCGACCGAAACACUUCCUGAAAAUGGACAAAUUGUGUCAACUUGUGUGGGUGAAGGUGUUGUAGAAGUCAUUGAUGCAAGUGGUAAACCAAAACGGCAAUUAGUUUGCGACAAAGGUCACUUGUUGGUAAUUGAAACCGAAUUCGUUUCGAACGCGUUAAAAGAUUUCGUGAAAAGAUACGAAUUCGUUAAACAAGAUGAAGCCUCGUCUGACGAUUCUAAAAUAUUAAAAGAAAAAGAAACGGUAUCGAGAAACAUAACGGACGAGGAUAUAAUAAUGUUUUGGGACCGAUAUAGAGAUAUGUUUUCGGAGGACAGAGAAAGAUUAUGGGACAAUUUAUUUGUUGGUCUUAAAAAGUAUUAUGAUAUAUUAAAAGAGAGACAUGAAUUAAAUGUUGAAACUGAAUCUUUGCGGAGACAAAAUUCAGAAUUGCGUCGAUUACUAGAGAAAUACGAGACAGAGAUGGCAUUGAAUGAUGAAUAAAAAAUUUGAAAAUAAAUUGAAAAUGAUAUGGA